GACUUCUUUCCAUCCACUUCGCCAAACCCCUCCAUCCGCAAAGCUCACUCAGGCCAUGAUAAUAGCAUAGUGUAGUAGCGCGCAGUCAAUUAUACUUACCCUUGGGAGGACGCGACCACGUUCAGCCUGCCGCGCGACGACCCACCAAACCGCCUGAUUCAGGGUUGCAAACACGAUUCGCGUUGCCUAUCUGAUAGUCAAUCAAUAUGGUCAGAUCUACCAAAAAGUCGGAAUCGCCGGGUCCGUUUCAUGACGAGAUGUACGAAGCAACUCCAGGUCCUGGUCCACCUCGAACUGCGCGAAAUUACAAUGCUGUCCCUUCAAUGUCCCCCUCAUCACCAGCGACUUCGAUAGGUUCAGAUAAGGAGAACAGGUCUUCGAGACCCUUGGAUAAGGGCAAGGGGCGCGUGCCGAUGGCACCGCCUGGUGUGCCAGCACUCGCAACCGGACAGAGUAAAAGGAAGCGACCAGCUGAACAACCGAUGUCACCGGAACGGAGUCAUAGAAGACGUACGGUAGAGGUCGACGAAGACGGUGAUAUUGACGACUACGAUCCAGACCAGGAUGUGGAAGAGCGACGGCGCCUACGCAAAGGGCUCAGAGAUCUCUCGCGGACACUAACGGAGAAUCGGUCAGAGUAUCUUACUCCCACGUCUACGGGUCUCCGAGAUACGUUGAUCAAAGCCAACGACUAUUCCGGACGGGUCAAGCAAACUUCAGAUGCAACUAUCGAUUCGCGUCUCCUAGUUACUACGGCAGAUCUCUCUUACAAAAGGACUCUUGCUCUCGUUGCCGGAGACACUUCUCAAGGGGUUGACCUGGAAGAUUUCAUCUCAAAAUGCAAGCAAUACAUGGAACGAGCGGAGAGAGCUGAUCAAGAUGGAAUUCAGCCCUCACAGAUGCCUGCGAGUACGCAGCGCCGUAGCAGGAGAGCCCAUGAUGCUGAUGCUGAUGAUGAUGAUGACGAGCAAGACGAAAACGGGGACAUGCUUAACUGGGAAUAUCUUGGACGAUAUGCAUGUUUGCCUCACAACUCGCGGCCUUCCGUGCCUGGGUUCUUAUAUGGUCCUUUAUCACUCGAAAAACGCACUCGGAAGGUAGCGGUACGUAAAGCUGCCUUAAGACCUAAUAAUCUUCAAGAGACGCGACCUGAGGUUCUACGAGCUGGUGAUAUUGAGAAAUCAGAAAAUGCGAAUCUAACCACGCUUUGCACACAAAUUCUUGGAAGGCUCAACAAGGUCCAACGAGAUGCAGUGGCUGCUGUAGAAGCCGAAACUGAAGAGGGGAUGACUACCAAAGAGGAAGAUGAACUCCUGGAUCGGUAUGGCAUAUCAAGGACCGGAGGAAUUGCGUAUUUCAAAUUCAUCAUCAAUCCACAUUCGUUCGGCCAAACUGUUGAGAAUUUAUUUUAUGUGAGCUUCUUGAUCCGAGAUGGGAAAAUCGGCGUCAGUCAUGAUGAUCAGGGCAUGCCGUUUCUAGAAAUUAUUGAAGAACCAAGAGACCAUAGCGAGACGGCUGGAUCAGGCGCGUCGAAACACCAAGCUGUAAUAGCCCUCGACAUGGCAGCAUGGGAAGAAUUAAUAGACCUUUACGACAUCAAAGAGUCAAUGAUAAAGCAUCGAGAAGAGGAAGAACAUUCUUCUGUGGGAGCAAAAGGAUGGUAUGCAUAGACUUUUGGGCACUUGCUACGGGGUUUUGGCGUUCUUUUUGGGUUGCUUGCUUGUAUGACUCUUGUUUGUGUACAGUACACUAUCUCAUACCACUAUGGGUUGCAUUGCAUGUCUUUAGGGAGGGUAUGCGAAAUGUGGGCGGAUAUAUUGUUUAAGAAGGGUGUUAAUUGCCGGUAGUCGGCCGAGUGCUAUCAAUAUAAAUGGCUCUUUGCGGGGCUGAGCCUGC